AUGCAAAAAAUUCUGAAUUUUAGGGAAUAUUUUUUGAACCCCAAAGGAAUUAAGAUUGUGCCUACUUCCAAUUUCAAGAGGGCGACACCAGUUGAAGCAUUAUUUGAUCAAUCUGUGGUAUUGCAUAGGGCAGAGAAACAAUUAGAGAAAAAUGUUGUAGCAUUCAAAUUAUAACCAUAUAAAUAUUCAUUGAAUAAACCUGAAAUAAAGCAAUACUUUACUCGAUGUAAUUCAAAAUAUUUAAAAGAAAGUGUAUGGGUUGAAUGUUGAUAAAGUUAAUACAAUUAAUUACAUGGGAGCAAUAAAGAGAUCGCCAAAAGGAGGUCGUUAUAGNUAAUAUGAAAUGGCAAUCGACUAAAGAGAGAAAGAGAUUGAGUACUUCAAUCUAAUAGAGUAAUAGAGUUUAUUCAAUUUUAAAUAGAUAUUCAAUAUAACUAUAUAAUAGAGAUAUAAAAAUUAAUAAUGA